GAGAGAGGGAAACUCCCUCCUCCUCCUGCUCCUCCUCACUUCACUCUCACUGCUUGUAGACGCACACGUUGGAAAUAAAAUUCAAUAAAAUAAAAACCUGAGGGAUUGCAGUCGGAGUUCUGGCGGCCGCCGCCGUCACAGAGCGGAUUAAGGAAAGACAUCUGGAGCCGGGGCCGAGUGGGCGGGGUGCGGUCUCUGGAACGGAUGAUUAAGCCCUCAAAGAUGACGGGAUAAAAGCUUCCAGCCGCGGACGCUCUCCGGAGGUAUCUCGCCAAGCCUGGGCUCAGGUGUGUGUGUGUGUGUGUGUGUGAGGCCCCGGAGGACCGGGAGGAGCCCGAUGACUCGCUCCACGAGGGCCACCUGCUCGUCUCCGGGCCGCCGUCCAUCCUCCGGGUUCACGACUUCAAACGCUCGGCCUGCACAUAGUUCUGUCUUCACAACACGGAGAGGCUUGUAAUUAUGCCCUCGCUCUCAUUAUCUCUGUUUCUGCUGCUGCACGACUUAGAGGAGAGGAGGAGGAGAGGACGAGAGGAGGAGAAGAGGAGGCUUCUUUUUUGUUGUUUUUCUUGGGGUUUUUCUUUCCUCAAGAUUAGAGAAGGUAGAGGAGGGAGAGAGAGGAAGAGGGGAGGGAGAGAUAAACAGAGGCAGUUACAGGCGGUAAACACGUCCACGCUCCUCUAAACACACCAGGAGCAGCUCAGCUCUGAGGAGGAGGCGCAGACAGGACCAACUGGACUGAGGAGGAGGCGCAGACGGGACCAACUGGACUGAGGAGGAGGCGCAGACGGGACCGACUGGACUGAGGAGGAGGCGCAGACGGGACCAACUGGACUGAGGAGGAGGCGCAGACGGGACCGACUGGACUGAGGAGGAGGCGCAGACGGGACCAACUGGACUGAGGAGGAGGCGCAGACGGGACCAACUGGACUGAGGAGGAGGCGCAGACGGGACCGACUGGACUGAGGAGGAGGCGCAGACGGGACCGACUGGACUGAGGAGGAGGCGCAGACGGGACCGACCGGUUGAGAGAUUUUCAAAAACCUCCUGAGAAGGAGAGACGAGGCGACAUGGACGUCUCCCGCGGCGGCAGCAGGAGCUCGGGGCUCCAGACUAGAUCCUCCUCCACCCUCCUCCACCCCGGGGCCCGCGGGCCUCUCCUCCACCCCGGGACGCCGCUCCGGCUCCUCCUGCUCCUCCUCUGCCUGGCCCUGUGGAGCCAGCAGGCCGAGGCGCUGGUCCACUCCAGCUUCAGGCGUCUGAGCGGCCGCGAGAAGAAGGAGCUGCAGAAGGAGAUCCUGUCCAUCCUGGGCCUGCCGGGCCGGCCCCGCCCCCACCCGCCGCUGAGGCCGCCCUCCUCGGCGCCGCUCUUCAUGCUGGACCUGUACCACGCCAUGGCCGCCGACGGCGGGGAGGAGGAAGGGAACGAGAUCCUGGUGAGCGGGCGCGGCGCGGCGAGGUUCGGGGGGGCGGAGCGGUCGGCCCAGGUCAGCACGUACACGCCGCCGCUGGGCGCCGCCGUCAGCGAGGCCGACACGGUGAUGAGCUUCGUCAACCUGGUGGAGCAGGAGCGUGACCUGCUGCAGCCGCGGCCGUACUGGAAGGAGUUCCUCUUCGACUUGACGCCGCUGCCGCGCGGCGAGACGGUGACGGCGGCCGAGUUCAGGAUCUACAAGAUGCUGACGAUGGGCCAGAGGACCAACCGGACGCUGCACAUCUCCGUGUACGAGAUCCAGAGGGAGAGCAGACACAGAGAGCCGGAGCUGGUGCUGCUGGACAUGCAGUCGGUGCCGGCCGGUCAGGAGGGCUGGCUGGCCUUUGACGUUACCUCGGCCUCCAACCAUUGGCUGCUCCACCCCCGCAGCAACCUGGGCAUCCGCCUCUAUGUGGAGACGGAGGAGGACCGCUCCCUGUCCGCGGGCUGGAUCGGGCUGGUGGGCCGCCGGGGCCCCCGCACCAAGCAGCCCUUCAUGGUGACCUUCUUCAGGGAGAGCCAGGUCCCGUGUCGGCCGCCAAGAGCCGUCAAGCCACACCCCCGCAAGAGGAAACCCAAAUACGACCUGCCGGUGCCCAGCAUCCACAACCGGAGUCCGGUGACCAGCGGCGCUCAGCCCUGCAAGAAGCACGAGCUCUACGUCAGCUUCAGUGACCUGGGCUGGCAGGACUGGGUUCUGGCCCCCACGGGGUACUCAGCGUACUACUGUGAUGGAGAGUGUUUCUAUCCUCUGGGCUCCUGCAUGAACGCCACAAACCACGCCCUCAUCCAGCAGGUGGUGCACCUGCUGAAGCCCGACGAGGUUCCCAAGGCGUGCUGCGCCCCCACCAAGCUGAGCCCCAUCUCCGUCCUGUUCUACGACGACAACAACAACGUCAUCCUCAAGAAGCACCGCAACAUGGUGGUGAAGACCUGCGGCUGUCUGUGAGGGGACCCCGUGACACGGAGGUCCUAAAACAACAAACAACAUGGUGGUGAAGACCUGCCUGUCUGUGAGAGAACACCGUGACACGGAGGUCCUAAACUAACAUACAUGGAUGGACUCUGCCACCACGCGCCACACAUCUGAUUCACCAACUGAGUUCUGAUCCAGGAUCAGCAGCUCAGAGUUCAGACUACACAUCACCACUUUAGUAACAUGUUGUUUGUUUGUUUGUGUCCACAUUAUUCUGAUUUAGUCCCUUUUGGCCCGGUUUGUUUUUUACUCGAACAAGAACACAUUAAAUAUCAGCACUAUUGUUUAAGAACAUAUUAAAUUAAUAACAAUAUUCACAUUAUCUUGACGUGUGUAAUAGUUUUUACAGGACUAAUGAUAAAUAUCUCAUUGUAAAUAACACAAUAUUGCAGGUGAUAUUUUGGGGGUUUUGGUCAAACAAAACAUUUGAAGAUGUCACCAACAAUAUCGUCUCCACCCUUCAGAUAUGCGCCUCCUCCCUGCCUCCCCAGUGGAUUUUCAUUUUAUUUCCCGAUCCCAAUCCUGCCCCCAGUCCCCAUCUUAAACUGUUUGGGUGUCGCUGUUUAUCCUCAUUUUAAUCCAUAUGUUGAUUUCUUACUUUAAAACUAUUGUUGCUGGCCAAAAGUUCAAAGAAUAUGAAAGAAACUAUGUCUGAAGUUGUUUUGACGCAUCACCAGAAAGACAUGGACUGGUCCAGAGUCCCCCCCCCUCUGCUACACAUGGACUAUGGUCAAGAAAAACAAAUCUCGUUUUAUGAAUUUGUCUUUGUACAAUGGGGAUUCAAAAACUCCUUAAUUAAAUAAUGAAUGUCUUAAUUAAGCAUAUUAUGAAAUACAGCUGCAAUGUCAGAGCUGUGCGGCAAAAACUGAAAAGGAACAUUCUGCGUAUCGGGUAUAGUUUUUACUUUAAGUUUAUUUUUAUGUCAAUAUUUUUCUGCUUUUAUACAACAUUUUGAAUACAGGAAUUUAACUUGUAUUUGACAUUGUGCUCCAGUAAAUAAUGUAAUAAACACAUUGGUUGUCUAAACAAUGA